GCUUAUUUAGAAAUGCAAACUGCGAUUACUUGGAGAAUCCUCAGCGAAUAUUUAUCGAUCGCCAUGACUUCGCUCUACUGACCCGUUGAUUUUACGGACCGACCGUGCGACAUGGAAAAGACAAGGACGUGUUUUAAGCCCGGACUUGGUUGUUGGGUGGUUGUAUGGGUCGUUAUUGCCACUAUUUCUCUUGUUUUAUCAUAUGCCAUUGCUCGCUCGAAUGGACAUAUCUCGUUCUUUGUUCCAGCUAUAAGUGACACAACUUCAAAGAACCCUGAAGGAGCGGUUUUUGCCCAGUUAUUUAACACUACGGCCCUUAUAACUUUGAUUUUGAUCGCUAUUCGCUACUUCCAAGUUAAAAUGAUAAAUAGGCAAGUGGAUGGUGGGGAAUCGUCGCAUUUAUCCCAACUCAACUCACUGAGUAUUGUUUUCGGCAUUGGGGGCGCGCUGGGCGCCUCACUGGUAGCGAAUUUCAAGUCUGUAGAGGUAAGUUUUCAAAACCAGGUUUGUUUCAGUUAUUUCAUCGUCCAUCUUAUUAUAGCUAAAGUUCAUUCUAUUCAAGACUUUCAAAAGAAUUUUGAAUCGUUAAGUUAUCAUGAUUUUUUAAGUUCUGAAAGUCAUUUAAUUUGGCGGUAAAUUUAUACAGUUAAGAAAUAUAGAUUAGGAAAUUUAUGCGGCUUUAACGCGCGGGAACUGAAUUUAGGUCAUUAAACGUAAAUGUACCGAACUCCCGGACAUCCAGAUUUCUUCAACUUUUUUUUUCUGUCGUACACCAAUCUAAAGGGAUUAAAAUUGUUUGCUUUCAGUUGUCGAAUGUACCUUUACUGUUAGUAGUUGAUCUCGCGGCUCAGAUCCGCUCGAACGAGCUAAUGACUACUUUUAUUAACCAAGAUGUUUUUCCUUUACAAGUACUCAUCCACGUACAGGAAGCUGUCAAAAGCAUUCAGGAGUCCUAUGAACUUUGAGCAAACUUUUUCAUAAUUUACCUUUUUUUUUUGCAUUCAGCCAAAUUUUAGCACAACCAGUCAUUCAAUCUCUCCGACUAUACAUUUGCUUCAAAAUUAUUAAUUAUUCGACUUCUAUUCAACUUCGCUGAAUGGAUGAAUGGUUGCCUAAUUGAAAAUCUUUCUCAGCCUUUGUAAUUGUGCGAAAAUUUACGCUAUAGUUUUUGGCCGUUUGACGGCUUGGUUUGCUUGAAGUAGAGCGCAAUAUUGUUUUCAUAAGACGUAAUUAAAAUUAAUACACUAAGAAUAAAAAGACAAGCAAUUGGAGAUGUUUGUUAUUUUCACCCGAAGGUUGGUUUCUGCGGAAACUUUUCUUUUCUCCUGUUACCUAGAAACACUACGCUGCGUAAAAAAACUGUGUUAUUUCUUUUAAUCUUAAUGUAGAUUUUAAAAAGCCCUUUCUUCCUUAGCUUUCCUUUUCCUGGGAAGGCUUUUCCCAGGACGUACUUAGCUUCAAAAAUUGGCGCAACUACAACAGAGACUACAUUCGAAACCGUGUUUGUUACUGACUUGCUUGGCUGGGCAGUGAUUAUGGAAAACGAAAAAUACAUGAGAUGGGAGUCAUUUGUGGCUCGGCAGUAGGCAAAAAGAACAAGGCAAACAUAGUAGCAGCGGCAGUGGACCAGUAGUAUGAUAUUUUGGUCUGUUUAGCAAGAGAGUGGAUGGCCCCCUAGUUUACUGAUAUAAUUGGUGGCUCGUUUCAUCCCACAGUCGAUUCGUCUGAAGUUCAGUUUCGCUCGGGCGUAAGUCGAUUCGCCCGAUGACAAACAACACGGCUUAUAACAGAAGUUUUUUAGUUAAGCUUGGAUUCUCAGAGCUGCUAUUGCCAAAAAAGGUCCAGCUAUCUGAACGAUGUUAGCCACGAUCUCGAUAAUCACAUGACUGUUUUGUGUGAAGCUAGUUUAGAAAUGCAAACUUAGAAACUGCUAUUAUUUGGAGAGGCUCAGCGAAUAUUUAUCGGUCGCCAUGACUUCGCUCUACUGACCCGUUGACUUUACGGACCGACGGUGCGACAUGGAAAAGACUAGGACGCCGUUUAAAGCCUGGACUUGGACUUUGGACCUACAUAGGGUUUAAACUAAACCGUCAAGAGAAAAUGCAAUUCGAACCAACAAAGCCGUGAUGUUUGCUUCGGAAAUAGCCGGCAAUUCGGCAGAGUUCAGUCAAGCAAAGCUUGUUUCUGCUCAUCUGAUAAUUCUAAAAAGGAGUUCUGGCGUGCAAACCUUUGUAGGGACGCGUCCAUCCCAGUAUAGAUUAGUGUCAAGGCAAGAUAAUUUCUUUUCUUACCAGCCAAAUUCUGAUGCCUUCCUCGGAGAAGAGAAUUUAGUCACUAGCAACGCUUCUGCUUUCCGGAUCGAUUCUGAUAAUUCAAGAGAACUCAAACUUAAAUUAACUUACAUGUAGAAGCACAAAAGCGACAAACCUAAGCUUUUGUUUCGUAGGAUAUUUUUAAAAGGGCAGGAAUUAAGUUUUGAGGUGGUAAGAAAACAGAGAGGUGAGCUUCGCAUUUUGUUCAGAGAUGUCGAUAACAACAGGUUAUACUGGCAAAAAAUCUUAUUGUAAAACUAAACUAAUUUCCUACGUAUGGUUCUAAUCCUAGGUGACCUGUGCUUUUUAUGCCGCUCUCCAACUCCUCCCCCCUACUCCAUCCCCUUCCCGCUUCUAAUAUUAAACACAGUGUGUCAGCAAUAGCACCCGGCCAUGAUAUGAUUCAUCCUGUCUGUGCCUUUUUGUUAUUGCAAUGCAGACAAUAGUGGACGUUUCAGCAUCUGUCUUGUGUCCGGUCUUUAAUUCACAUGAUUUCAAAUUUGGCGAUCGAUUGAAAAAGAGUUUGUGACGUUGGCUUCGUGUGGCGCUAACAAUACAGAAAAUACGAAUGAAAUUAGCAGUUCUAAAAUCAAAACAUAUGUCAACAGCCAGUUUAGAAGAGUUCUACAGCUGUAGGUAUAAACUGCCCGACUUCAGCUGUCUAACAAGGUUUUAAAUAUUCUUAACUUCUGAUAAUUAUCUCUUGACUAAUAAAUAUCAGUUCCACCCUGAUCACUGGCAGGAUGUGCUUUUUAAAUUUCUGACAUCCCGUUUCCUCGUUCGCCUUUCAGGCUCCAGUUUCCUUGGCUGUAGAAACUAGCGGUCGCUGACAACAUCUUUUGUUUCUUUGAACGGAAACAGAAUGCAUUCGUAACAGAAACGUACGGUGAUCAGGAUUUUUAAUUAAAACUGAACUUCCAUGAUCCAAAACAAAUACUUUUGAAGAAUCUGUAUUUUAAUUCCAGGACCCAUGUCAUCAGUUCCUAACUCUCUCAGUAGUUUGGUACAUUUUUCGAUUCAAUAUGCUGUUUACGUCAAAUGAAACUAUCAAUGUGAUUUAGCAGCUGGCUGGGAGGAAACGGAAUUUACAUGUAAUUGUUAAAUUUAUCGAGUUCUUCCCCGUCCUUCAAAAAUCAAUACUGAUUUUGAUUUGUUCCUUUAAUAUAGACACUGUUUUCUUCCUUCAUUUCCUUAGAUUAAAUAAAAAUGACGUGAAUGAUAGCUGAAGUUACCAAACUACACAUUAUAUAUUGUCCGUGUAUCACGUUCUGUAGUUGCCCUGCGAUCCGUAGCUUUAAACACAAAAAUGACAAAAACAAGAGGGUCUACUCUUCAUCAUACAACAUAGCACCUUAAUCCGGCGCGGUUAGUCAGUUUGCUGGGAAUUUUUAUUAUUUAGCGGGGAAGCUUUCGAACCCUAAAAACAAGCUAACCCAAUGCAACACGACCUUCUAGAAGCUGAUCUAGUCUUCUCCUUUAUUUUCUGCGCGGGCAGAACCUGUCGAUACUUAUAGACUUGACAACUGCGGCAUCGAAGUUAUUCUUAUAAGACAUAGUUGCUGCUUUGUAGCAGGGAAGUUGGUUACUAAAAUCUGCAAGUUGAGAAACGACACAGCAUAUAAGAUUUUUAAAGCACGAACACAUCAUCUUUCCUUUUUAAUUCCAGCCUUUCUGACUCAUUUGGCCAGUCAAAUCCAUAGGAAAAUAAACAUCUCUUUCUUCAGUUGACAAUGUAAGUUCCGGUCGAAUAUUAUUUGUGUGCCUCUCUCAAAGCAGGCAAUUCUGAAACUCAAGUUGUGAUCUGGGGAUCUCACUGAUUUUAUUUAGGGAAAAACCAUUUACUUUAUUUUAUUUAUUAUUUCCAAGGAUAACGAUGACGCGGUUGGUAUUGUUCACGUGAUCGGAGCGGUGAUCCUUUUUACCAGCGGUGCUGGGUAUUGUUGGACCCAGACCGUCGCCACCCAUCAACUGACGAAAUUCAGCUCUGAAAGCAGACCUGUCUUCACCGUUCGCCUGGUCAUUUCAUGUGUUCUUACAAUAAGUGCCCUAAUAUUUUUUAUCUGCGAAGGGCUAACCUACCAUGGUUCUUUGAAGCACGAAUCUUCUGUACAGAUAGUUGGAAACUUGUUUGAAUGGUUGGCUGCGUGGUGCUUUGGGCUGUAUGCCUUGUCAUUCUUCAAGGAAUUUCAAAAUCUAUCCUUGAGUAUCCAAUGUAUACCUAGAUGCGGUGGCAAGAGCAGCGACGCCCUUAAGUAUUCUACCAUACCUGUCUCGGGUAUUGAUGAAAAUAUUACGGACAGUGAUUAAUGUAUAAGUAACUAGUGGGUAACAAUAUUAAUUUUAACUCUGUCAUUUCCAUGAACAGGCAACUUAAGAAUCAAAACUGCCAAUUAUCACAUUACUCCUCCUCAUUGUACUUGGUAAAAAAGUUUAAAUCAAAUUGAUUAAAAUCAAUUAUUUGUUAUUAAGGAUUAACAAGGCAGAUCAGUACUAUGCACGAAGCACUAUGUGCAUGCCUUAAAGCUUAAUUCAACCCUUAACUUUUUAUUUCAGGUAGCUGCACUUAACUAGAGCUUGCGCCUCUACUCAUUGAUAACUGAAUUUCAGCUCAGUCUCAGUAUGUGACAAUUUUAAAAUCAUUUCAAUUUAUUUAAAUUAUCAAGUGUGUAAAUAUGAAAAUGUAAAUCAACCCAGUUUAAUUUCAUAUGUUUUGCGACUGUUAUUAUUUAAUGCUACGAAUUGUGAAUUAUUUUUGUAAGAUCUAUAGUUAAUGUUUGUUCUAAGUUAUUUAAGAGUUGGGGCUAGCGUGGG